AUGACUAUCAGUGGACUUGAAAAUUUAGCAACGGAGAUGCAAAAUCCCCACACUAAUGAUAUUGACCAGAUCACUACUGAUAAGCUCUUGCAGCUCAUGAACAGAGAAGACCACAGAAUGCUUGAGUCGGUCAGAAACGUGAUUCCCGUUAUUACUCAAGUAGUGGAACACCUUGCACCUUUGGUUAAAAGAGGUGGAAGAUUGAUCUACUUGGGCGCAGGCACUAGUGGAAGAUUGGGGGUUUUGGAUGCUUCGGAGAUCCCCCCUACAUUUUCAGCCCCUGAAAACCAGUUUGUGGGAUUGAUUGCUGGUGGAGAUACUGCUCUUCGGAAGGCUUUAGAGAGUUCAGAGGAUAAUGAAAUGGCUGCAGCAAAAGAUUUGCAACCAUUGAAUUUGAAUCCUGAAUUAGACACGGUUUUGGGAAUUGCUUCAUCAGGAAGAACUCCAUACGUGAUCGGUGCAUUACGGUACGCCAAACUGCUUGGCUGCGUUACGGUAGGAUUAAGUUGUGUCCAUGACCCAGAGAUAGGAAAACAUGGACUAUCGGAUUUUUUAAUCUCGCCCGUCACAGGCCCCGAAGUAGUCACUGGCAGCACCCGAUUGAAGGCUGGAACAGCAACAAAGCUUGUAUUAAAUAUGAUUUCCACCGCCACAAUGAUAAAAAUUGGCAAAACAUAUGGUAAUUUGAUGGUUGAUUUGAGGCCUACAAAUAUCAAGUUGCGUGAAAGAACAAGAAAUAUAUUCAAACAAGCUUGUGGAGGAGAGUACUACAUUGUCAAAGAAGGAAUUAUUUCCAAGUUUGCAGCAUCUCCCACUGAUUUGGAAGAAAAUAAAUUUAUAGACCAUAUCCUUGAUUAUUCCCAGGGAAAUCUCAAGCUUGCAAUCUUGGUUGCAAAAAGAGGUGUCGAUAUUUAUGAAGCAGACAAAAUGUUGGCCAAAGCAGAUGGAAACUUGAGAGAAGCUUUACAGCAGCUGGGUACGAGGGAACAACUCCCAAUUUCCAAAAUGCCACCAACCAAACAAUUUGAUAAGUAUAAUCUUUGCAUUGAUAUAUUGACAAAUGAGAUCCAGGUGGUUCUCUUCAACAAAAGGACAUACAUCCACAAACAAGUAAUGAUUGAAAACUUGGGGUCCGACUUGUCUGAAACAAUUGACAAAUGCAUAGAAGAGAUCAGUUGUAACCAGCAUUUCAGUUCGAACAUGUUGGAAAGCAUCAAAGUUGGAACAGUUUCUGGACUUGAGAAUACUAUUCUAAACGCACUCUUCCUCAAUUACGGAAUUGAUUCGUCCAGGGUGGCAAUUCUUCUGGGUCAAAGUGACUUGUGUGGCUUGGUUUUAACUUUGUUCAAUAGAUAG